AUGGGGAGACGGAACCUAGGCCCAUCCACUCGUUCUAUCUAUCUUUGCCUGGCCUGUCUGUCCCUUGCUCUGCACAUCAUUCUAGCACUCUUUUGUCUCACUGUCCUCCAAACAGCUUGUGUCCUUCCCAAUUCAUCUUCCUCCUCCUUAAAUCCAAGAACAUAUAACCAGAACCAUCAGCCCUCCUCGUCACAUAAACUAUCAAUAAGUUCUCAGAAUGAUGCCAUUGCCACAGGGAAGAAAAUGAUUGGCAGUGGAAGAGUAAAUCAAGUCAUCAAGGGGGCCUCGAAGCUGGAGGCACUUUUCAAGCACCCACUGUACAAUCUGCCAGAAGUAGGGUUGCUGGAGGAGGACUGGCUGCUAAGGGUGAAGAAAAACGAGCAUGUGGGUGAUGACAUGGAGGAAGACAUCUAUAGUGACAGUCAUUGGCAGAGUACGGGUCAAGAAGAAGGCUACGACAAAGUCUCUUGGACCAGCGACGCAGAGACACACCCACUCUGGUUGCAAUUCCACUUGGGCAUUACUCGGUGGAAACUAUACAACAGAAAGGACCUCACUGUGGCAAAGAUGACUCAUUACUUGGCAACGCAACACAUCCUUGGAGCAGUUCAAAAGUCAGGAGGCACUCAGCUCAAACUGCUGGUAUCUUUCCCAAACUAUGGACAAGCUCUGCUCAAACCUAGAAAACAAUCCAGAGAAGCAGAGACAGAUGUGAACCUCUUUUACUUCUCCGACUUUGAAAGACACAAUGCAGAGAUCUCAGCUUUUCACCUUGACAGACUGCUGGGCUUCAACAGAAUCCCCCCAGUGGUCGGUCGUCUCAUCAAUGUCACCAGUGAGAUCAGAGAGAUUACCAUUGAUCGCAAACUGUCUCGCACCUUCUUCAUUUCCCCUGCGGGGAAUGUGUGUUUCUACGGUCAGUGUGACUACUACUGCUCAACAGAGCACCCACUCUGCGGUCAACCUCACUCACUGGAGGUAUCUUUGGCGGCCAUGUUACCUGACCUCAGCCUUGCUCCACGCAGGUCGUGGAGGUCACCAUGGAGACGAUCAUACAGCCGCACCAAACAGGCCCAGUGGGAAAAAGACCCAGCCUACUGUGACACCGUCAAAGAGACGCCUCCUUACAACCACGGCACCAGACUGGUGGAUGUUAUAGACAUGGCUAUAUUGGACUUUCUCAUGAGCAACAUGGAUAGACAUCACUAUGAGACAUUUGAGAAAUUUGGCAAUGAAACUUUUCUGCUGCAUCUGGAUAAUGGACGAGCGUUUGGACGUCACUCUCAAGAUGAGCUAUCAAUUUUAGCUCCCUUACAACAGUGCUGCAGAAUCCGUCGCUCCACCCUCCUUCGUUUGCGUCUCUUGUCCAAUCCAGUAUUCCGCCUGAGUGAUGUCAUGCAGCAGUCGCUGGCCCAGGAUCCUCUUGCAACAGUUGCUCCUCUUCUGUCUGAGCCACACCUCGCUGCUUUGGACCGACGCUUAGCAACUGUCCUACAGGUGGUGGAGACCUGUGAGGAGCACCGGGAUGAUGUCAUUUUCAAUGACUUGGGAAGAUACGAAGAAGUAUAUGAGCAUCAAACAAAAUAAGUCAAAAACAAUAAUCUGACUGAUUUAGUAAAUAAAUUUGAGUAAAAGAGGAUUUGAGAAGAGGCUAAAUAUAGUUUAAAGCAAACAAUUGCAAGACGUUACAGUACAAAUAAGUAGAUUUUUGAAGCAUCUAUGAUUUACUUAAAUAUUCGUUUUCCUCAUUAUGUUUUACUUUUACUACAUUAGAAAACAUACUUACCUGUACGUUAUUUUGUCGAAAUAGGCUGGUUAGUUUUUUCAACCCGAGUGGAUGACGACACGAUGUAAAAAGUCGUAAACAGAGAACCGCACCAAAAAAUUUUAAGAAAUAAACAUUUUUACGUAUUCACUUAAGUACAUUUCAGAGUUUAUACUUGUUUGAAACAAUAGUUAAAUAAGUACUUCUGCUUUUACCAGUCUUUUUCUACACAACUAGGCCUACUUAGUACAGACUGUGAGCACUUUUGCAUUAAUUGCCAUAAAGAUUUUUAACUUAGAAGCUAAAAAUACUCUGCGACAAGGGCCUGUAGUCCAAAAGAAUCGGAAAAGAACUUAAACUUUAAAUUUUUUUAGCCUAUAAGAUUCAGUACUUUGAAGUAACAACUGAAUUGCAAGCGUUACUAGUCUUGUAAAACUGCAAUGCUGUCCCCUAUCGGUGAUUAAUUGACGUUCAGUGUCAACUACACGUUCUUAAAAUUUUAAGCCUUCAAAUCAAGUAGCGAACCACGCCAACAUGUGGACGAUAUGGUCGUAUUCCCCGUUCUUAAUAAAACGAAAGGAUACCUGUACAGCUGGAACGCUUAUCAUUUUACAACGAGGAGGGUGAGUGGAAAGUAAGUCCGACCUUUACUUUCACUUUCCAAACGUCACCGACCCCGUGGGCAGUGCAUGGGUGGUGACUUCUCCUCCUCGGACGUGUCUUUGAGCGCCAUUUUAAAUGUUUUCAAAGCACUGCAACGCGAAAAUCAGG